AUGAAUAUUAAGAAUUUAUUAUUGUUCGUGCUUUCUCUGCUGCAUUGUUUAGCAGUAGAGGGCUUAAGUUUUACUGUUACAUCCAAAAUUUAUAUGGAUGUUAAACACCAAAAGAAAUCAUUAGGUCGCAUUGUAUUCGGUUUAUUUGGUAAGAAUUCCCCAAAAACUGUGACAAAUUUUCGGCAUAUAUGCUUGCGGGGCAUAAAUGGUUCCACAUAUGUGGGCUCCAAUUUUCAUCGUGUCAUAAAUCGUUUCCUUAUACAAGGCGGUGAUAUUAUUAACGGCGACGGUACCGGUUCUACGAGCAUAUAUGGAGAUUAUUUUGAAGAUGAAGACAUAGAAAUUGAACAUAAUCGUCCCGGUUAUUUGGGGAUGGCUAAUCGGGGACCAGACACAAAUGGCUGUCAAUUCUAUGUGACAACAGUAGCUGCACAGUGGUUGAAUGGCAAACAUAUAAUGAAAUGUAAUAUAUAA